AUGAAGCUAGCCAAGCAAGCGGCAGUGAGUCUGAGGAGCGUGAGCCCUUCCGUGCAAGCAACAGGAGCUGCUAGCCAAAGAUUGUACCACAAGAACGUUGUGGAUCACUAUGAGAAGCCCAGGAACGUGGGCUCCUUCGAUAAGACAGACCCAUCUGUGGGAACUGGCCUUGUGGGAGCUCCCGCCUGCGGAGACGUGAUGAAGCUGCAGAUCAAGGUGGACGAGGACGGCAACAUCAUUGAUAGCUGCUUCAAGACAUUCGGUUGUGGCUCAGCGAUUGCAUCCAGCAGUGUGGCAACGGAGUGGGUGAAGGGCAGGUCGAUUGAUGAUGUCCUGACCAUCAAGAACAGGGAUAUCGCCAAGCACCUCAGUCUUCCUCCUGUCAAGCUCCACUGCAGCAUGCUCGCAGAGGAUGCCAUCAAGGCAGCAGUGAAGGACAUCCAGGCCAAGCGGAUGAAGCAGACCCCCUCAAUGGUGGAGGCAGAGAAGGUUGCAACAGCCUAG